AUGAAAGAACAGCACAAAUCUAGCAAGACACGAGAGAAGCCCCCAACCCAGUUCCGUGCGCCGAGGAGGCCCAGUCCGGCAGGCCCUUCGACAACAAAGUCAAAUGGCACCACCGCGAAACGAGAACGGUCGCCAGAAUCGUCGGCAUCAUCGAGAGCUAAUAAACGAACUUCGCUGCCGAGCCUAGGGGCUCAACCCACACUCACGCAGAUCGACUUUGUGACGCAGGCCACAGCGUCGGAUGACGAUCAAUUCGACUACAUUGAUGCAUACCGUGACACUACGCAAACCACAAUUAAGCAACCUCAACUAGAGGAUGGUUCUGACAAGGAUGCCGAUUUUCUUCCACCACAACCUGCCCGGUCAGCUCGUAUUACGAAAUUUAAGAUGAGUGAACGAGAACAUGACUCAAGUGAACGUCCCCCAAAGCGAAGGACCUCCGGCAUGGGUACCCGAGACACAGAACCAAGGAAUGGGCCAAGAAGAAGUGCAACACCAAGGGCGAGUGUCGGUCGUAAAGGCGGCCGAAAAUCUUUGGAGAAGUCGACAGGGAAGCGGGAUAAGACCUUGACUCAGAUGGAUUUUGUGCGCCGUUACAUUACUAUCGAGGACGACGACGAUGUGAAUAUGGGAUAUAUUCAGCCCACAGGGAAGAAGCCCAUAAUUAGUGAGACAGAAGCAGGCCCGGCCGAGGAGAAUGAAUCACAAUCUGCGAAGCUCCUCAACUCUGCGAAACGAAAUCGCAGAGUGUUCGAAGAGGAGCUGGAUCUCUCAACAGGGGAACCUAUUUCUCAGCCCAAAGAUACGCAAGUCUCCAAUACAGGAAGUGAAAAUGCGGGUGACCUGGUAUCUGCAGCACCAGUGACGCCACAAAAGCCUCGGAGACGUGAGAUUCCUUCGUCGCAGUCCCCGGAGAGCCCUGGUCUAGUAAUGAUAACAUCAUCUCAAUUUCGAGGUGCCACCCACUCGCCUUCCAAACAGAGGCCAUUGGUCCUAAAUCAGCCUAUACGACCUAUCAAAGAAGAAUCCCCAGAGCCUCGGCGGAUCGACGAGGACUCGCAAAACCCGAGGGAUGACUCCUUACGAACAACUACCAACUCGUCGAACACCCAGAGCCUUUUAAAUAAGAACAUACCUCACCCAGCUGAGCAUUAUCCUUCAUCUGCACCUCCAACUGACUCGGCAUCUGAGUACCAACCCUCCGAAGCAAACGAAGACUCGAAGAACGGAGCUCGAAAAAGAGAACGGACAGUCGUUUAUGAGACGGAUGCAGAUACAGACUACGGGGAGUCCGAGGAUGGAAUUUCGAACAGAGAUUCCCUUACGCCAUCCCCGAAGAAAACACGAGCCAUCGGUUCGCAGGCCACACAGAAUAUCCCGGAGUCGCCCAAGGAUGAUUCCCAGGUGCUACCUCUGCCGGAUGUGCGAUCUAUCCCUGGCUCCGAACAUCACCCUAGUGAUGACGCUCCUCCAUCCGAGCCUCCUAUGUCAGAUGCUUCAGCAUAUUAUCAUAGAAUGCAUGCAGCGACACAGUUUCCACAUGAGCCAAUUCCAACUCUCAACACCCAGAAGUUGGCUGAACUCUUCCCUCAGGAGGACAGCACUCAGACCUCCAAGUUGGAACCAUGCAAACCUUCUUCUCAGAUGCCACGGCCGGGGCCCUUUCAACAAACACAAACACAAAGCCAGGGAGAUAAAGAAUCAACUGAAAUGGUUCCCGAGUCAUCUCCCAGAGAAAGGGAGUCUCAGACCGAGGCUGGUGAGACUCCAUUCCAACGACCUCGCCCUCCAGACUCAGUGGUUCAAGUCGAAUCAUCACAGGCGGCGGAUCAUAAUUGGCCAGGUCGGGUACUAUCUCGAAGCCAGCUUCUCACCUCGAGUGUGAUGGAGAGUAUUCCGCUACCGAACUUUUGGAUGGGGAGUCAGGACAGUGUAGGAGAACCGUACAGCUUACCUGAAGGAUGA